AUAAAUAUGCGCCGGACCAGCGUAUCCCAACGAGGAACAGCAGAUGACUCGAAACCAAUAUUACAUACAUAGAAGACUAUUUAUCGAAUAAAAUGGGUUGUUUAAGAAGAGCUGUGCUAAUAUGUUGAAUAACAGAGAGAUUUCCUCAGAAAGGGACGUGCUGAAUUCAUCUCACUGACGCUAGUUUGUUUUCUGAGAAAAUGUUUGCCAAAGCGUUUCGUGUCAAAUCAAACACUGUAAUCAAAGGAUCAGACAGGAGAAAGCUCAAAGCGGACGUAUCUGCAGCCUUUCCUUCACUGUCUGCUGAUGAACUGUCUGAGCUGAUCCCCAACAAAGAGGAAUUAAAUGUUGUGAAGAUUUAUGCACACAAGGGAGAAGCUGUGACAGUUUAUGUUCUUCACAAAAAACCACUGUUCUUUGAACUGGAGAAACGACUUUAUCCCACAGUGUAUGUGCUUUGGCGUUAUCCUAAUCUCCUACCAACAUUCAGAACAUGGCCACCUGUGCUUGAAGGGAGGAGCAGAUUUAAACUGAUAGGAAGCAAGAGGUGAUAAAGAAUAACGUGCUUCUUUUCAGAUCUCAUGCUGCCAGGUGUGGUGGUGCCGUCAUCUGGUCUCCCAGAUGUGAAACAGGGAGACUGCUGUGCCGUUACAGUUGUAAGCAAUGGAGCUCCUGUUGCACUUGGCACAGCUGCAGUUUCCAGUGCAGAGAUGUACAGUUUGGGUAUGAAAGGCAGAGGAUUGUGUGUUCUCCACACAUACAUGGACUAUCUUUGGGCAUUUGGAGAUAAGUCGGGUCCUCCUUCUUUACCGGAUGCCGAAAGUGAAGGACAAGAAGUAGAUGAAGUGGAAGAUGACAUCAAUGAGAAAGAGGAGGACGAUGUGGUUGAAAAGUGUGUAGAGGAGCAAGAGAGCUCUGGUGAAUCUGCCAUGAAUCGAACCUGUUCUGGUGUUGAGGAGCUGAGAUUAGCUGAGAAAGAGGAAGAGAAGGAUGAAAAGGGCAGUGAGAAGGAGGAGGAGAACCAGGAUGACCAGAAAACCCCACAAGAGAUAAUGGACGCCCUGUUGUUGCGGUGCUUUCUGCAUGCUCUCAAGAGCAAGGUGAAGAAGUCAGAGCUCCCUCUGCUGACCAGUACAUUUCUCCGCAUCCACAUGUUCUCCUGCUGCCCAAGUGGAAAACAGCUUGAUAUUAAGAAAUCCAGCUAUAAAAAGCUUUCCAAGUUUCUCCAGGUUAUGCAGCAGCAGCAUCAUCUUGUGCGAGUUAAAGAACUCACCAAGGGUGUGGAGAGCAUUGUGGAGGUGGACUGGAAAAAUCCAGAAUUGCGCUCCUUUAGCAUUCCAGAAGAGACAGAUGUUGAAGCAGCUGUGGUGCAGGAUGGAGGGGAAGGAGAAAUAACUUACCGUCCUCCAGAGAUCACAACUCUUUACUCUGUGCCUGCACGGCUGGAGCCUCUCUUUUUGGAUGCGAACAAGAGGAAAGGAACAACACUGCAUGCUGCUGAAGUGAGAAGCAUCAUCACAGAAUAUGUGAAGAAAAAUGAACUGGUGGAUGAAAAUAAUAAGAAUUAUGUGACCAUCAAUCCUACUCUAUGUGAUUGCUUGCUGGAAAAAUCUGAAUACCAGGAGGUAGAGUCUCUCAAGUGGGAUGACCUGUUCAGCAGGACAAUGGGGCGGAUGCAGGAGUCUUACCAAGUUGUAUUCCCUGGACAAGCAUCUAUAAUAAAGAAGGGCCAUAUUGAGCCUAUAGACAUCUCUGUGGCUUCUCGAGGCUCCAAUAAGAAGGUUACUCUGAUAAAGAAUCUGGAAGUGUAUGGUUUGGAUCCUGCAGUUGUGGCCACUGCUUUGCAGCACAGAGUUCAGGCCAGCUCUGUCUUACAUCAAAUCCCGGGAGCCAAGGACAAAGUCCUGGUCCAGAUCCAAGGCAACCAAAUUCAUCAAGUCGGCAAUCUGCUUCUCGAUCAUUAUCAAAUCCCACGCAAGUACAUCCAGGGACUAGACAAAGCUCCAAAAAGCGGCAAGAAGAAGUAACGUUUCAAAUUGCUAAACCAGCUGUUUACAGUCUAUAAAGUUGUUUUAAUGUGUGAACAUUACGACAAUAACACUGUUGGUUAUUCAUUUAAUAAAAAUGAUUUGUUGUCAUAUUCACAAGGUU